AUGGUCAAGAAAGCGUCCAAGGCGCAAAAGGCAAAACUGCGCAGGUCGGGUGGCAGUGCCGAAGACGGCGAGGUAUCUCGAGAUGGUCGAGGCGGUCGAGGCCGAGGACGUGGUCGCGGAGGCGCUGCUGGCGGAGGAGGCAAAAUCGGGAGGUCAGGCUUGCUUCCACCAGAUCAACAGGCUGCCUUCGAGUCACGCAGACGCACCGUCCAGCUGGAAGAGUCCGCCUUCUCCAAGCUCUCUCCACCUGUGCUCGAGCGUCUCAACAUCUUGGCCUCCUAUGCAGACUUACGACGACCGAUCCCUGAUGAGCUUGCGAGGUUCGACUAUUCGAGGUUCGGCAGGGCCAGAGCGGAGAAUCACCAGCGCCUCGUUGACCUGGAUCAGAGCAAGAAGGAGGAGCGUGACUUGCAUCCGCUCGCGGGCUGGCUUCAAGGAGGAUCCAAACUGGUGAAGAGUCAAGUCCAGGACGACGGCUCGACGGAUGGUGUCAGCGACGAUGAAGUGGAUGAGUCAGCAGAUCCAGGUAUCAACGGAAUCGAGGAAACCGGAGAACUUCGUCUGCCCAAACGACCCAAGUGGCGCUCAGAUAUGGACACCAAAACCAUUCUUGCGCAAGAAGAGGAAGUCUUCCGGCAAUGGCUCCGCAAAACCGACGCCGUCGUCGAGCGCGCCUUCUUCACCUCAUCGCCCCUCUUCGCCGGCCUUACCUCACACACUCGCUCCGAGGACAAAGCAGCUUUCGCAUCUUCAUCGACAGCCACAGCUAUGGGCGGAAGUCGAAUGGUUUCUUCCCUUGCAUCCCGCGACAGCAUCACUCAGCUUCUCCACCACCGCCCCUCGCCGGGCACCUCGGUCAUCGGCAGCCUGUACGAACGCAACAUCGAAGUCUACCGUCAGCUCUGGCGCGUCUGCGAGCGAAGUGAUCUCGUCUGCGUUCUCGCUGAUGCGCGAUGCCCUCUCCUACACCUACCGCCCAGCCUCAUCGGCUUUUUGGAACGGUACAUGCGGCUCAAGGUCAUCAUUGUCCUCACAAAAGCUGAUAUUGUGCCGAAAGACAUUGUCGAUGCAUGGAAAGUGUACCUCAAGAGACUGUAUCCGAAGUGGGAGGUGGUGGCGACGGAGAGCUAUGCAAAGCUCGAGCGGAUGGAAGGGCAAGGAUCGCGAACGAGGUUUGCGCCGUACUUGUCGCCGCAUUCGAGACGAGAUCUGUUUGCGGCGCUGCGCAAGGCGCAUACAGAUCUCAUCACUCCGCCUCAAGUGGUGCAGGGCGAUGCGAGUAAGAUGAAGGAAUGGCUUCCGCCGUGUGCGAUCGAUACAGACUGGGAGGGCGUAGAGCGGCGAGUGCAGCUCCAUACCGAGGGAUUCGGGGGUAAGGACGCCGACGCCCUCAACAGCGCCAAUCAGGAUAGCGAGGCAAGCGCUAAGGAUGUCGAAGCAAACACGGACAAAGACAGCAAGAGCGGCAAGGAAACCCGCUCGCACCUUCCUUACCUAACCAUCGGCCUCAUCGGCCAGCCCAACGUCGGCAAGUCGAGCCUGCUCAACGCUCUGUUCGGCUCCAAAGUCGUCCGCGCCUCCAAAACGCCUGGAAAAACGAAGCAUUUCCAAACACACUUUCUCAUCCCGCUCUCCGCCUCUACUGCCACCUCCACGACGAACAGCGACCAGCCAAAGGCCGUGGGAGAAGAAUCCCACCGCGGCCAGAUCCGCCUCUGCGACUCGCCCGGCCUCGUCUUCCCAAGCCUGAUCGGCAUGGAGAUGCAGGUCAUGGGUGCGAUCCUCGCCAUCUCGCAGGUGCAGGCCAUUACCUCGUGCAUCCGGUUUGUCGCCGAACACAUUGCGCUGGAAAAGGUGCUGAAGCUCGAGUAUCCCCCGGACGACGAUGGGGUGGAUGGGCAAGGGGACGAGGAGGAGGAGGUGUGGACGGGGGUCAAGAUUCUGGAGGCGGUGGCUAGGCGGUACACGUACAAGACGGCCAAGGCGAAUCGAUGGGAUGUGAACCGGACGGGGAAUCUGGUCAUGCGUGCUGUGGCCGAGGGGCGGAUCAAGUGGGCUUUCCGCCCGCCGUCUGGCCCGAACGACGGCGCCAGUAUGGGCACGGGGAUCUGGAUCCCUGAGUCGGAUGCAGCCCAGAAACCUACCUCGGAAGCGGACGUGCUUACAGCGCCCAAACCCGACGACGAGGACGAACACGAACACGAUCAAGAAGAUGCCGAGGACAAAAAGAGCGAAACGGAUGACGAUGAGGCGAUUGCCAGAAAGGUCAGAUUCGACUUUGGCGCUGUGCAGAGCGACGAGGAGGAGGAGGAGGAGGAGGAUGAAGAGGGAGGACCGUUGGGCGGGUCCACCAACUCGAUGUUCAGCGCUCUCGCAGUCGAAGAUGGCGACGAUGGCGAUGAGGACGACGAGGACGAUGAAGAGGAAGAAGAGGAAGAAGACGAUUAG